AUGGAUUUAUUUAGAGCAAUCAAAAACAAGAUCACCGGAUCCACGAGGGAGUUUGUUAGAGAGCCUUUCACUGUUAGUACUCAGCAUGUGCCUGCUAGUAAAAUGACAGUGAGGUCCAUAGAUUGUGGAGGAUUGGCAAAGGACUCUAUCACGGAAGGUGUCUUUGCGAACUGGGCCAAGACCUCAGAGUGGUCGCGAUUCGUAUACAUUUACAACAAAAGGUAUAUCGAAAUACGCGACAGAGCCACUUUUGCCAUUCUAUAUAUAAUCGAUAUACAACUAUACAAACGGAAUAACCAGAGAUUAAGCGAGAUUGUGGCUGUCACGGAUUGUGUUCUCGAAGGUCCAUGUCUCUUAAUUUGUACCAUAACACGGGAUAACGACUAUACGUUCCUUCUUUUCGACAUAUGGGGGAAACUUGUAAGCGAGCUGAACAUAGUCUUCCCUCCUGACCUAAUGCCGCUCAAUUCGAUGAUCAUCUCGCAAGGCGUUUAUCACUGUGAACAAGAUACCAAAUGGCUAAGAGAACAGGGGUACAAUCCCGCUGACAGGUACUACUUGAUCGUGUGCGCCACCGUUGGAGGAGUCGCCGUAUGGCGAUUGUUACCAUCGCGAGACUCUGAUGACGAGCAUUGCCCGACAUACACUAUAGCUGAGAAUCAUCAUACAGGAUUAACCAAUGGAAAAGCCUGUACUGCCAUAAGCAUAUCAACACCAACAUCUCAAGAGCGUGGCAGGACAAAUAAAGAUACUGCCGCAAAGCAAUAUCCUUUAAUCUUUGCAGGAAAUGCUCAUGGAGAUGUAGAGAUAUUUGCAUAUUACCCUAGAGAGCCAAUAGAAUCUAUUUUGUUUAUUCCUACACCAUCGGCUGGAGCUCCAAUAACCCACUUAUGUUUCACCCCGGCAUCCAUACCAACAACGCAUUUUUUCGGUACACUCGCUGUCGGACAUUGCGGAUCCAAAAUUACCAUACCACAUCAUGCUGCCGUUAAUCCUGACGCCAUGGAUAUUGCACCAACUGACGAAGACAAUGUAGCAAUUAAUGAGGAGGAAGAUAGUUAUGAUGUAAUAAAUUCCGACGCUUUCGAAGAUACAAAGACAAUGACCGCCUCUAUUUCAAAUGGCGCAUCAAAAAGGAAUUUACCGUUUGUGGUCGUAUAUGCUAUCGGAGAUUACAAUUUUGAUGAAAUCGGCAACGUAUCCGUAGGAGAAGAUGGAGAAGAUGGAGAGAAUGGGGAAGUAACUGCUUUAGCGGCUGGAAAGAUGGGGAAAGAUCGCGAUGAGUUUGUUGUGUUUGCUGCGGCGGUACAAGUAGAAGUAAUGCAAGACAAGAGAAUAAGGAACAAGAAAAAGUUGAUUAGUGGAAGAGUGCAAGGAAAUGAUCUUCAAUUCAGAUUGACAGAUGUUACAAAUAUUGGAGCCGUUGUAUUGGAUGUUGAUGUCCCAUCUAGUGACUCUAAAUUAUUCCUCUUGACCGAGGAUCACAUACACUACUAUGAUCGGGAUCGCGAAAUGGAGUUGAUGACUACUAUCGAUUACGAUACAGUUCCUUACUUUGAUGAAUGGUUCGAAGGUUGGGUAUACGAACCAGAAGUAAUAAAUGACAUUAACGUACGACGAAGCAGGAUGCAAAAUGAGUUAAUGUUUGAUAAAUUAUUACAGCAUGCACGGGUUCCGGUCGAAUUAUAUCCUCCACCAACUUCACAAGACCUUCGCACAUUAUUUGAUUCCAUUUUAGCAAGUCCGGUUUUGGGAGAACUACGACGACAUUGUCUCAUCUAUUAUCUGUUGAAGGAUAUCGAAAACUCUGGAAAAAGUCAAAAAUAUGCAGCUCGAUUUUUAAUUCCUCCUCAAUGGCUGUGUCUAAUGGAUGGAUAUUGGUACUUAGAUCAUCACCAAUUCGAGGAAGCGAUUAGAUUCCUAAGUGAGCCAGAAGUCACGGUUGACUAUCCCAAUGACAUAUUACAGACGCUUGUACAGAAUGCUGGACCACGUAUCGCCAUUCUCUUUCUCAAUAUAUCACACGAAUGGUUUGAUAAGGAAGAUUUCCACACGAAAGAAAUGGACAUAUUAUGUCAGAUUGAUUUAUGUGAUGCGUUAAUGUUUCAAAGAGAGAGAAUGCCGCCAAACAAGGAGAUAACGGGGAACUCUUUGUUUCACCAAUUACUUGACUAUGUAUUCUCUAAUCCCAGACCCAAGCUCUUAAAUCAAUUGCUUGAUCUUCCUUACAAUGCCGCAGAAACAGAAUAUAUAAGAAAUUAUUGCAAAAAGGAAAAUCGCCUUGCAACCAAAGACUUUCUCGUUAUGUUUGAUCUUCAUCACGGAAAUCAUGCCGCAGCAAUCAGACUGCACGAGAAGAUGGUUCGCGACAUGUCAAUACAAGGAGUACCAAAACAUCUUGCCAAGAGAAGCAAAGUAAUUGGAGAGAUUAAAAAUGUUUUGCCCCCUAUUGAGUUGAAAGUCAUGGAAGAUGAUGAAGAAUUGGAAAUAGUUGAACUUGAGGGAGAUCGAAAUGUCGAAGAGGAACUGCAAUUGCCAACGCCGUCUUCACCAAUCGAAACGCCUCCCCAAACGACUCCGCGACUACCCAACCACUCACCGUUUUCUCCCCGUUCAGAAACACAAAAAGGGCAGAAGACACCUUGCUCUCCAUCAACGUCGAUGACAAUAACGCGAGAAUCGUUACGUAAACGAGUGCCGAAUAAACAUCCGUAUCCGACAACAUCAUCAAAAUCAAGACAUUCGAGAUCAGCUACUCAGACCCCUGUCAGUACACCACGACGAGCGGCAUCAUCAAGCAAGAUUAAAAAUGCCGCAGGGACGCCUGGAGUAGAGCGAGAAACUAAUGUUAAUACGACACCUAUUAAUUCUAUAGCGAGUGCAAAGUCAUCAUCUAGUGUCGAUAGGAGAGUCACACGUAGUAUGACUAAGGCUGGAAUACAGUGA